UAGGAAGUACUGCAAGACUGUUGAGGUUCAUAUGAAGAUUUUCUACACUUCAGUUGACAGUCUGCUUUUCAUUCUUGAUGAAUGAGGGUAUGCGGCAUGGGUGGACACAUAGCAGAUGAUCAUGCGCGAGGAACACCCAGAACGAUUCAACUUAUGCAGAACUCAUCUUGAAGGAUGGAUUUUUGACGGGGUUUUAACGUUUAUGUUUGUAUUCAAACUUCUAUUCACAAACUGCAACUCUUCCGGAUCUUUGCAGUAGUCUUCAGAAAAGUCUGUCGUGGUCUCCUUGUGAGAGGCUGUCAUCAUGGCAUCAGCCAAGCUGAAGUACCUCUCUCUGGGGAUUCUGGUGUUCCAGACCACGUCCCUGGUGCUCACCAUGCGUUACUCGCGCACCUUGCAGGGCGACGGGCCCCGUUACCUGGCCUCCUCUGCCGUGGUGGUCGCAGAGUUCCUCAAGAUCCUCACCUGUGUGGGGCUCGUCUUCAAAGAUCAUAGUUACAGCGGCCGAGCGCUGAGCAGUAUUUUGAGACAGGAGGUUCUACACAAGCCUAUAGAGACGCUGAAGCUGGCGAUUCCUUCAGGGAUCUACACGCUACAGAAUAACCUGCUCUACGUAGCACUGUCCAACCUCGAUGCAGCUACCUACCAGGUGACAUACCAGUUGAAAAUCUUGACCACAGCCCUGUUUUCGGUUUCUAUGCUGGGCCGCAGGCUUGGGGUGUACCAGUGGUUGUCUCUGCUAAUUCUUAUGGCCGGCAUUGCACUUGUACAAUGGCCAGCAGACUCCCCGUCAGACCCACAGAAAGAGCAGCUGACUGCAGGCUCACAGUUUGUAGGGCUGGUGGCCGUGUUGGUAGCCUGUUGCUCUAGUGGGUUUGCUGGUGUCUACUUUGAGAAGAUCCUUAAAGAGACCAAACAGAGUGUUUGGGUCCGAAAUAUCCAGCUUGGCAUGUUUGGCCUGAUUUUUGGGAUCUUCGGGAUGUUGGCCUACGAUGGUGACAGAGUCCAAGAACACGGAAUGUUUCAGGGCUACAACAUGCUGACCUGGAUUGUGGUCGCUCUCCAGGCUCUUGGAGGGCUUGUGAUAGCUGCUGUCAUCAAGUAUGCUGACAACAUACUGAAAGGCUUUGCUACAUCACUCUCAAUUAUCCUCUCCACAUUCAUUUCAUAUUUCUGGCUUGAGGAUUUUGAGCCUACCAGUGUGUUCUUCCUGGGCACAGUAUUUGUCAUAAUGGCGACGUUUCUCUAUGGUUAUGAGAGCAAGCCGGCACCCAACCCAAGCAGGGCAUGAAAAGGGGAUGGACGAGGUGAAAGUGGAUGGAACAAAAGGAUGAAAUGAGUGGAAGGACAGAGAAGAGGAGAGGAGGCGUAGAGAGCAGGAAAAAAGGAUUGAUACAAGGUUGGAUAACAGGCUGGGCCACUGCUGUGCAGUGCUGAGCUGAAGCACACUGGGAGAAAUGCUCUGGGUCUCUGGUCUCAGUGAAACUCACGUCUUACGUGAAAAACUUUAAUCGGCGCUGAUCACAUUAAUGGGUGAUGGACUAAAAACACUUCAUAGCGUGCCAUUUUCAAAUGUUGCUGGAGACCUUUUUUUGGACAAUUAGGACUUGAACCAUGAGCACAAAACUUGUGCGGCUUCAUCUUCAAGGGGCAAUGGCUGCUUUUGAUUCGCAAAAGUGGCCUGCAGUAAUUUGCCACAAAUGAAACUUGAAUCUCUGCAAUGGAUGUUACUAAGGGGGUCGUUUCGUCACUGUAUUUUUGUCAUUAUUCAAACUGCUUAAGUCCUAAAAAAUAUUUUAUACUAUUUUAAUUGACUGAGUUGCUGGGUUAGUUUCUUUGCUGUAGAAAUUAAGGGAAUAAGGGAUCUUUUGUGAAUAGAAUGUAAACGUUUGAUAUUAUUAUUAUUAUUAUUAUUAUUAUUAUUAUUAUAAUGAAAAUUAUAACAAUACUUAAGAUGAUACCAGCCAGUCAGUUUGUGGGAUGUUGUGAUUAAUUUACAGAUUACCUCUGUCACCAGGCAACAAAGAAUACUUGAGUUACUCCGUUAUAUAUGCAAGGAAGUGCUUUUUUUUUUUUAGCGACUUUGCACUGUGUGAAGCUAUAUUAGUAUCUGGUGAGGAGUAAUAAUAAAUCAGGUGCAUAAUUAGCUUUUCUUUUUUCAAACAAUACACACAUUUUCACCAGGGCAGCACAAAAUUGAAAAGAAAAGGCAUGGCAUUUUUUCAAAAGGUGUAAAAACAAUGCAUGCAGUCACAGCUUGAAAAAGGUAAUUAAUUAAAAAGGCAAAUAGAUUUUCCAGUCAGGACAACUCUAGCUGCCCCAGUCCUUCACAACACACUGUGAACCUCAGAAUCAAUAAAAUCUACGGUGACCUCUG